UCGAGGCAGCAGCAUCAACACAGCUCAGUGAAAAAAAACUGAAAUAAAAAUAUCAUACAUUUUUUUUUUUUACAAUUUCACAUCAAACCUUUUGAACCAAAUCAAACGCAUAAAGCAGUGUAUCUAACCAUUUUUCAAAAUUUUCCACAUAAAAUAUAUUUCUAUAACACAACGAGCAACAUUACAACUUGUGAAUUCCACUCUCUUUUGGCAGCAGUGAAUUCGUGUAAACACAAAUAAACCAAAGCAAAUCGCGCUGGUCUGGCAUCUCUGGCAGCAGGGUUGCCCCCGAUCAACUGACGUUCAUUGCGCGCGACAACAGUCAAUCGCUUCUCCGGGCUCCAGCGAGAUUUGUUUGUUUCGGCUGCCGCUGUUUAAGUUGAAGGAUUGGCCACCGGGAACGCAGCCAUGGUGGAGAAUUGCGUGCUGUGCCGCUGCAGCGAGCGGGACGAGUUGAUCUUCGGCACUGUGCACGUGAAGGACAAGAUGAUGGUGCACACCAACUGCUUGUACCUCAGCUCGAAUCUCGUCCAGCGCGGUGACAAGCGCUUGGGCAUACUGAACUUCCUCAAGGAGGACAUCGAAGCGGAAGUCAAGCGCUGCCGCACACUAGUGUGCUACUAUUGCCGCCGCCCGGGGGCCAACAUUGGGUGCUGCAAGUCGGGCUGCCGCCGCACCUUUCACACCAAAUGCGGCGUCGACAAUCUGGCCCAGAACCAGUUCAGCGACACGUACAGGUCGUACUGCCACCAGCAUGUGCUGAUGCAUCGCCGUCGUCCGGCGCUCGUGAAGGAGGAGGAAUGUGUCAUAUGCACGGAAGCCCUGAUCGGCGAGGGCGAGCGCUUCAGCGUGGUCACCUGUAUCUACGCGCCGUGCUGCCGCAAUGGAUGGUUCCACCGCAAGUGCCUGCAACGCUACGCUAACUCGGCGGGCUACUUCUUUAAAUGCCCGCUGUGCAACAACUUGGAGGUGUUCCGCAAGGUGGUUUUGAUGGGCAUCUCGGUGCUGAACCAAGACGCCACCUGGGAGACGGAGCCGAACGCCUUUGCAGAUCAGUUUCGUCGCGAUAUCAUUUGCACGGCCGUGAAGUGCGUUGCGGUGUCUGGUCGUGACGACACCUCCGCCAUGCUGCUGUACUGCAACAAUUGCGGCGCCAAUCCGUCGCACUUCCUUUGCACGGUCCAGAAUCACGAAACCUACGUGUGCCAUAUUUGCGCAGCUGUCUUGCCAAACCCAGUUCCCCAUGUCGAUUCGGACUCGGAUGACGGCGACUCAAUCGACGAAACCGACUUUCAGGCAGCCGUUGCAGAGUUAGCAGCGAACGAACAGGGUGAUCUUAUACACCAAAAGCUUUCCGGCUCCCUUUGGGAUGAUAGCGACUCCUCCGACAAUGACGACGAUGCCGUCUUUAAGCGCGCGGUCGACACCAAGCCGGAGGAGACCAACUCCGAUGACAAACCAUCAACUUCUGCGGCGGCACGCGCUUUAGCCCGCACCCGUUCAUCGCCGGCAGCGGCCGGAUCGUCGCUCGGUUCCCGCGCAACUCGUGGAUCCCGCACAACAGUUGAAUCACCGCGGGGAUCGCAAUCAACCGCUCUAAUCUUACGCGCAGCAGCGGCCGGAUCGUCGCUCGGUUCCCGCGCAAUUGCUGCGCCAACUCGUGGAUCCCGCACAACAGUGGAAUCACCGCGUGGAUCGCAAGCAACCACUCAAGUCUCACGCGCAGCAGCGGCCGGAUCGUCGCUCGGUUCCCGUGCAACUGCUGCGCCAACUCGUGGAUCCCGCACAACAGUUGAAUCACCGCGUGGAUCGCAAGCAACCACUCAAGUCUCACGCGCAGCAGCGGUUGGAUCGUCGCUCGGUUCCCGUGCAACUGCUGCGCCAACUCGUGGAUCCCGCACAACAGUUGAAUCACCGCGUGGAUCGCAAGCAACCACUCAAGUCUCACGCGCAGCAGCGGCCGGAUCGUCGCUCGGUUCCCGCGCAACUGCUGCGCCAACUCGUAGAUCCCGCACACCAGUUGUAUCACCGCGUGGAUCACGCCCAUCACGCACCUCGGUCGCAGUGCCGCCUCGCGCUACUACUACAACUGCUGGAUCCUCAUCCACACCGACACUCGACAACCAGGAAAACACUGAGCCGUCCACAUCGAGCGUGCGUCGUUCCCUGCGCCCUAGACGCACCAUGCCAGCCAGAAUCGCAGAGCACAAGGAGUCGGAUAGCGAGGAUAGCGAUGGCGCGACUGUGGCGAAGAGGCGCCGCCUUUCGCCCACCGCUACUGAGCCGUCGACAGACAGACGUCUAUUGCGCUCCAUCACGCCGGAGCCGAGCACUCAAGCUCGACGCACCUUGCGUCGCCGCACUUUGGCCAACGUGCAUCCCACAUACACCAACAUGGAUGUAUCCUGUGUGGCCAACAGGACCCGCAACCGCUUGCCCAACCACUUGGCCACCCGCAAGGAUUAGGAGAACAGACGACAUUACGACAGCUGACACUUGCACAUUCCAUGUACAGAACAUCGACUAGGCUGUGGACCAAAUGCGUGCGUUUGGUGCGCAGCUGCUUCCCAUUGUAGUUUUAUUUUUUAGCAUGUGAAGAGCGUCUGUACAUAUAUUCCAUUAAAUACCUGUUCUCCUACCUGCAUUCGCUAAUAA